AUGGGGACAGAUCUGUACCGUUGUAGCUUUACGUGGCCGCGUGUAGAAGGCAGUAUUGAGAAACAAAUAACGCCACAAGUAGUCACCUCUUCCGAACCGGAUUUUAUACCGUUGGAAGAACUGCUCGACCUGGAAAUGUGCCUGAUUUUAUCCGGAACAGACGAACAGGAGGCCUGUGAAAUGCGUCUCACCUUUGCCCCACUGUACCUGCCCCGGGCCGUUUCGCUGGUAGUUGAAUGUCCGGUCAUAGAAUGUUACUACAGUCGGUUAAACGAGUACCACAGCACCUGCCACGGCGAGCUGGUGUACACACUGGAGGAUGUUAAAGUGUUCCGGUUCGAUAUACGCAUCGGCAAGGACAUUGAUGAACUGCAGUUGAAAUUCAUCUCGAAUAAAGGCGAACCUCUCUGCCUGUACGGUACAAGGCUUUAUCUGACACGCAACACCGAUCCGCUGCGAACGAUGAUGGCAAUGAUGGGUGGAAGGAAAAUUGAUCCAGUCGCUGUGCAGAACCGUUUACAAGCGACUGAUCUGUCUGAGAAGGCGGAAAAAUGCAAACGUAUGAUACUAGGUUCGAUGCUUUCGUCGGAACAGAACAUUGUGAAUAAUAAUGCCGUGCCGGAAGUGGCGACCAAACAGGAAACAGAUGUACCACCGUCAGAUAAGACUACUUUGCCGACGCUUUUCAGCAAGAUGGAGCUACAGCCGGGUACCUUACCAAUGGAAAUGGUAAUGAAACAGUAUAUAGAUGCAAAAUUUAUCGAAUUAAAACAGCUGCUGGAUAAUCGACUGUCUGCCCUGGAAGCCCGGCAAAAUACUAAGUUAGAUCGCAUACUGACACUGUUGCAGGGAGGAGAAAGUGAAUCGACCGCAAACGUAGAAUAAAUGUGUCUC